GAAGGUUUGAAAAAUAAAAAUGAAAGCGAGGUUAUCGGGAAGGGGAGAGAGAGAAGGAAGCGAAGAAGAUGGAGAUGUUAGGGAUGAACAUGAUUGAGAUACUAUUCAUGGUGCUUAUGUUGUUUCUCUUCUCCCUCGUCAUCCUCUUCGCCUGCAAGCCAUGGCGCUACCUUCCCCUUUUCCGUUCCUCUUCCUCCUUCAAGUUAGGGGAUUUGCAGAGACCUCUUGUAUCUGAUUCUGAUCAUGAUGAGCGUUUGAACCAAGGCCAAACCAGUGAGGAGGGGUCAAGGGAAUAUGAUUUAGAGGGAGCUUGUUACAAGAACGAAGAGCUUUUACGUUCUUCUUCUUCUCUCAGUGAAGGACGGGUUAACAAACAAAGGCUUCCUUCUUCUUCUCCUAAUCUCAACCAAGGUGAAAGCGUUGUUUUGAAAAUAAUUUCUGAAACUUCUGACAAUGCUUUGGUGGGUCGAACUCUUAAACAUCCAUCUGACAAAGUUAGCUUGGAAGAAGUUGAAACUUAUGACUUGUUGGAUAACACAAGUCAGAACCUACAACAUGAUCAAAGAAGUUGGCUGUGCCUGGAGGUCAUUUCGGGUCCUUCCACUGGGCUUCAACUUGCUGUUCACUCCAUAAGUACUUCCAAGUUGCCAUUGAACCUUGGAAGGGUUUCUCCGUCUGGUAUGAUAUUGAAGGACCCCGAGGUUUCGGGGAAGCAUGCACAAAUUACAUGGAAUUCUAAUAAAUUUAAAUGGGAGCUGGUGGACAUAGGUAGUUUAAAUGGAACACUCUUGAACUCUCGGUCAGUAAGUCAUCCUGAUAUAGGCAGCCGAAAGUGGGGUCAACCUGUGGGGCUUGCAAGUGAAGAUAUAAUAACUUUGGGAACAACGACAAAGGUCUAUGUCCUUAUCUCAUCUCAGAAUGAGUUUAAGACACCGGUCAGAAUUGGUGUGGCCUCAGAUCCCAUGGCUCAACGUCUAGGAGGCAGGAAAUUGUCAAUGGAAGAUUUUUGUUAUUACAAGUGGCCGCUUCCUGGGGCUAAUAAGUUUGGGCUGUUUUGUGUUUGUGAUGGACAUAUGGGAGCUGGGGCUGCUCAAUCUGCAGUAAAAAUUAUUCCUGAGGUUCUGGCGAAUCUUUUAUCAGACUCUGUGAAGAAGGAGAAAGUGUUAUCACAGCGAGAUGCUUCGGAUAUCCUGAGGGACGUGCUUGCGCAAACAGAAGCUCGCUUGGAUGAUCACCUAUAUGAGGGUUGUACAGCGACUGUUCUCUUGGUCUGGAAAGACAGUGAGGAAAAUUUAUUCGCACAGUGUGCCAAUCUUGGUGAUUCAGCAUGUGUAAUCAACCUUGAUGGGAGCUAUAUACAAAUGACUGAAGAUCAUAGAGUGAGUAGCUUGACCGAGAGAAGACGAAUUCUAGAAGCAGGACUAUUUUUGAAAGAGGGAGUUACUAGGAUCCAUGGUAUAAACCUUGCGAGAAUGCUUGGAGACAAAUUUUUGAAAGAGCAAGACGGACGUUUCAGCGCAGAGCCAUAUAUAAGUGAGCCUCUGCGUAUCGAUCAAUCUAGUAAAGACGUGUUUGCUGUAUUGGCUAGUGAUGGACUAUGGGAUGUGGUGAGUCCAAGGAGAGCUGUGCAGCUGGUGCUUCAGAUGCGAGAGAAAGAGGGAUGGACAGAAGAUAGUGCAGAGAAAAUAGCAAAGGGUUUACUUGAUGAAGCUAGUAAGAAGCGUACAAAGGAUAACACCUCCAUUAUUUACUUAGAUUUUGAUCCUUCUUUGUAAUAUAUUUGGGAAGUGUAUGUGUACAAUCUUUAUGUGUAGGGUAUAUGCAAAAAAAAACCUCAGAUGCAGAACUUAUUUUAAUAGUGAUAAUAUUAAAUUGAAG